AUGGGAUUACUCGUUCAAGAGACCAUUGAUGGAACCAUGAUCACAUUUAAUAUAGCACGGUGUGACCUUGGCGCUAGCGUUAACUUGAUGCCCUUAUCAAUGUUCAAAAUGUUGUGUCUUGGAGAAGUGAAAUCCAUAACCCUUACCUUGCAACUAGCAAAUGAAUCAAUUAUAUAUCCCAAUGUAUUUGUGAAGGCCAAUAAGUUCAUCUUUCCAGUAGACUUUGCGGUGUUGGAUAUGGAGGAGGAUGAAAAAGUACCAUUGAUUUUUAGUCGACCUUUCUUGGCUACUGGAAGAACAUUGAUUGAUGUCCAGGAAAGAAAGUUCACACUGCAGGUUAAUGAAGAGCAAGUUUCAACAUCCAUCAAGUAG